GAAAUAAAAUAAAACAAAAUAUUUCAGAAUUCUCGCAUUUCUUAGAAAAAGGUUUCGGAGCGGCUUUCCGUUUUUUCAUUUCUGAAAACCCUAGAAUUUCCAUCUCUUCUGAAUCUCGGUUCCUCGCUUAAUUUUUCUAAAUUAUUGGGAAGAUCCUGGUUAUUGGCGUAUGGAAAUUUAGGAAAAAGUUCAGAGUCCAAAAAGGAAGGAAAAAAAGAGGAAUUUGGAAAAAGAGAUGUCAGGAUCCGAGACGGGUUUGAUGGUUGGUCUUCAACAUCAACAGAACAACAUUCGCAUUCCCUUCACUCCACCCGAUUCCGCCGCCGCCGCCGCCGCUGUUUACAAGCCCAACAUUACCACGGCCACGUCACCCUCUUACCAGCCCUCCGGCGACGCUUCUUCCGGCGGCGUUAUGGUCCCAAUGGCGGCUGCUUCUGGUGGUGGUGGUGGUGAGCCAAUGGUGAAGAGGAAAAGAGGGAGGCCGAGGAAGUAUGGGCCAGAUGGCACCAUGGCAUUGGGUCUGUCACCCAAUCCUCCGUCUGUUGGCGUAACCCAGUCUAGUGGUGGUGGGUUUUCGUCCCCUCCUCCGACGGCCGCCAUCAGUGGAGGAGGAGGAGGAGGACCCACUUCUGCUUCAUUGAAGAAAGCUAGAGGCAGGCCUCCCGGUUCUACUGGCAAGAAGCAACAAUUUGAUGCUUUCGGGUCAGCAGGAUUUGGUUUUACACCACAUGUUAUCACUGUCAAAGCCGGAGAGGAUGUAUCAUCAAAAAUAAUGUCGUUUUCUCAGCAUGGUCCAAGGGCUGUCUGCGUUCUGUCGGCAAAUGGAGCAAUAUCUAAUGUUACUCUUCGCCAGCCUGCAACCUCUGGUGGAACUGUUACAUAUGAGGGGCGAUAUGAGAUUCUGUCACUCUCUGGUUCGUUUCUUCUGUCUGAAAAUGGUGGUCAGAGGAGUAGAACUGGGGGUUUAAGCGUUUCGUUGUCCGGCACAGAUGGUCGUGUUUUAGGCGGUGGUGUCGCGGGUCUUUUGACGGCUGCUUCUCCUGUUCAGGUAGUCGUUGGGAGUUUUAUAGCUGAUGGUCGCAAGGAACCGAAGUCUGCGAACCGGGCUGAACCUUUGUCCUCCACGCCAAACAUUGGGCCUGGUUAUGGACCAGCUGUGCCCAAUAGCCCACCCUCACGUGGAACUCUCAGUGAAUCUUCAGGUGGGCCCGGGAGCCCACUUAAUCAGAGUACUGGUGCCUGCAAUAACAACAGUAACCCCCAAGGCAUGUCGAACAUACCAUGGAAGUGAAGUCAAUUUAUCAAUUCCUUUGUAACUUUGUGUCAUGAUUCUCCACUAAUUUGUGUACUAGUAGUAUCAUGCCGUUUGUAGCCUAAGCUUCGUGUAAGUUUGGUAGAAUAAGGAGUGUAGAAUUGUCGUUUCGGGCUUCGAAUUUACUGGCAAUUUGCUUGCCUAGAGUGUUGACCAAGUAGGUAGUAGUGAGAUGGGGAUUUGUUAAAUAGAAUUUAGGUAAAGAUAAUUUUGUGGUUCUACUAGUCAGUCGUCUUAGGAUGUUAUGAUGUUGUAGUUUGUCGUGUCUUUUGGGCUCUCAUUGUAUUUUGUUGUGUUUGACUUGUUGCCCAUCAGUUAUAUAUAUUUAUGUUUUUAAGUAUG